GCGAAGUGUCGCAAAGAAUUGUGGGGUUCGGUCUCUUCUUUCAAAGCUUCCACCAUGGCACGUGGGCCCAAAAAGCACUUGAAGCGUCUCAAUGCUCCAAAGCAUUGGAUGCUUGAUAAAUUGACUGGAAAGUUUGCCCCCAGACCAUCAACCGGACCUCACAAGCUCCGAGAAUGUCUGCCUCUUAUCAUCUUUCUGAGGAAUAGGCUCAAGUAUGCUUUGACCUGUGAUGAAACCAAAAAGAUUGUUAUGCAGCGUCUGAUCAAGAUUGACGGCAAAGUCAGAACUGAUAUAACAUAUCCAGCGGGUUUCAUGGAUGUAAUCACUAUUGAAAAGACAGGUGAAAACUUCAGACUGAUCUUUGAUGUGAAAGGACGGUUUACUACCCAUAGAAUAACAAACGAGGAAGCCAAGUAUAAAUUGUGCAAAGUUAAGAAAGUGGGUAUUGCACCUAAAGGAGUUCCAUACCUCGUAACCCAUGAUGCCAGAACAAUCCGCUACCCAGACCCAUUGAUUAAAGUCAAUGACACCACCAAAGUGGAUAUCAGCACAGGAAAAAUUACAGAUUUCAUCAAGUUUGACAGUGGUAAUGUGUGCAUGAUCACCGGAGGUCGUAACUUGGGGAGAGUGGGUCUGAUCACACAUCGAGAGCGUCAUCCAGGAUCCUUUGAUAUUGUCCAUGUUAAAGAUAAUCUAGGACAUACUUUUGCCACACGUCUCACCAAUGUGUUUGUGAUCGGCAAGGGAAACAAACCAUGGAUAUCACUAGCCAAAGGAAAGGGUAUUCGUCUCACAAUUGCAGAAGAACGUGAUAAGAGGAUUGCCACAAAACAGGCAUAAUGAACUGUAUAAAGAUACUAAGUAAUUAAAUUGUGCUUGUGAUGUAAAGU